AUGGCGACCAGCCAUAUGCAUAACCUAACUACCCUUAUUAAGCGGCUGGAAGCCGCAACCUCCCGCCUGGAGGAUAUGGCUAUGGGACUGGAUGAUCCCAGUUCGCCGAAAACACUGAAUGCCGCCGCUGCCCCCGAGACCGUCGCUCCUGAACCGCCCAAGCCAGCUUUGCCCCCGACCCCUGCAGCUCCUGCCGUCCCGCCUCAAAUUGAAGACUUCGAUACAUUGAUUAACAAAGACGUGCGGAACUUCGUGGACCUCGGAUAUAAAAUUGGAGACCUUGUUGCUGAGCAAUCGAAAGCUGUCUUGCAAGCUUUUGAAGCCGAGCGCACCUACCUUUAUGUCUCGACGAAGGCGAAGAAGCCCGAGCCCCAACCCCCAGAGCUCAUGACUGAGCUUCACACUGCCUCCGAUUCUAUCAAUAUGAUCCGCGAGUCGAAUCGUGCCUCUCCUCUUUUCAACCACCUCAGUGCGGUCGCGGAAGGCAUCGUGGCUCUGGGAUGGUUCUUUGAGUUUAAGCCAGGAGAUUUUGUUAGUGAGAUUGUUGGUGGCAUUGAAUACUAUGGUAACAAGGUCUUGAAGGAGUACAAGGAAAAGGAUAAGACUCACGUCCAGUACAUCCAAUCUUACUAUCAAGUCUUCAAGUCCCUUGCUGCCUAUCUCAAGAAACACUACCCGAAGGGCCUGACAUGGAAUGAGCAGAGCGGCAUCGAUGCGCUGGAAGCCCUCAGACAGGUCAAAGGCGGUCCCAGCACUGGAGCCAGCGGUUCCGCUCCUCCCCCUCCUCCCCCACCCCCUGUGCCGACGCUGAAC